AUGGGCUUCCAAAGACCUGCGCUCAUCGGGGAGCUGACGCCUCGGUUGAUUCGGGUGUAUCUGCUGGUUUCGGUACAGACAUCUGGCUCCGCAUAUUGGAGCAAUGGUAUAGAUACCUUUCGUGGACAUUUGACCAAACAUCGCGAUGCUGACCUUGAGCAGAACUUUGGUUUUGAUAAUAACUGGUGGGGUUCAAUAGUUGGCCUGCAGAAGUUCAUUGAUGACUACGGAGAGUCUCAUGGUCCUGGUCAGCCAAAGACGCUGCCGUCGUCCUGGCUCUCAGCAGCAAGUGGAACGCCCAUCGCAGGUUGGAUUAUUGGUUGUUUGGUGGCCGGAUUUGUAACGCGCAGAAUUGGCCGCAAAAUUACAAUCGUGGUGAUCUGUUGCAUUGCCAUGGUUGGGAUUAUCCUGCAAUGCGCGAUUCCUUCCUAUUGGGGGAUCAUGUGUGGCCGUCUCAUUAACUCGAUUUCCAUGGGACUGGAGGCAAACUGUGUUCCAGUGUACAUGUCUGAGCUGGCCCCGGCAGCCAUUCGAGGAGCGUUGGUUAACAUGUACCAGGCUUGGCUGAUGAUUGGUGCCGUGAUUGCUACUGGGACGAUAUAUGGGACAUCACAACAUCUGACUGGACAGUGGUCAUAUAAAACAGAUCCUAAAAGUGUCUCAGUCAUGGUCAUCCAAAUCGCCAUUCCAAUAGCCCUUCUGGUAGGGGUAUACUUCAUCCCGGAGUCACCCCGAUGGCUCUUGUCAAAAGGCCGGAGAGAGGAAGCUCUAAAAGCCUUGGAAUUUAUGCGACAUGGAAGUGCCACCCACGACCAGGUGGUAGCAGAGCUUGAUCUUCUUCAACAGGCCAUCGACGAACAGGAGGCAAUGCACCAGGCUAGCAGUUUUGUCGACUGUUUUAAGGGAUCUAAUGGACGCCGCACACUGAUUGCCAUUGGAAUUCAGGUCUUGCAACAGUCUCAAGGGAAUUCCUUUGUUACUACUUAUCUAGUCAUCUUUUUGGAACAAAUCGGCGUGGCAAGUCCCUUACUGAUCAGCUGUGCUAAUGCUUGUACAAGCUUCGCUGGCACAGUCCUGGCAUUCUUUCUGAGUGACUACAUUGGCCGACGGCCUAUGUUAAUUGGUGGUGCUUUCUUUAUGAUGGCUCUCAUGUGGAUCAUUAGCGGUCUAGCCUCUUGGUUACCUGGAGGUAUCAGUGGAUCUUCUGCGAAAGGCUGCGUUGCUGCACUGCUAAUAUACAGUGCAUUUAGUACUGGUUGUUGGGGUUCCGUUAUGUGGACUGUCACGGCUGAAGUUGGAACUACGAGCUUGCGUGAACGUACAAUGUCUAUUUCGACAGUUGCCGGUUUUAUCACUAGCCUGCUCAUCACUUACAUUAAUCCAUACGUUGAAGAAUCGCCAGGAAAUCUGGGUUCUCGCGUUGGUUUUGUAUACGGUAGUGUCUCCAUUGUGGCUAUGGUAUUUGUCUACUUUCUGGUACCAGAGAUGAAAGGCCGAAGCCUUGAGGAGCUUGACGAGCUUUUCCAAUCGAAAGUACCGGCUUGGAGAUCUUCAAGCUUCGAGGCAACUGGUAUCGGCGCUACUAUCACACAGAUCGACAAUAUGAACUCUAUCGGACAAGGGACUCAGGUACUCAUUGCAACUGAAAUAAAGGGAAAGCUUGAGAAAGAGGGGCCAUAG